GCGUAUUCUCUGCAGAUUUAAAUCCAGUUUUUCUAUCACUAUUAGCACCCUGACGAAUUCUUGAUAUGCAUAGACCCCUAUCCUGAAUCCUCGAAUUAGAGAAGGGUACGAAUUAAAAAGUAGCAAACAUCAAUAGAAGCUGAGCCUGAACUCGAGAAAUUGAAAGUACACUACUUUGGCCUAAUACACAGGCGCCUAAGUACUGUUCAGCGUUACCUCAUGUAGAUGUAGCAUUAGUUUUGAGAAACAAUACUGAAUUGACAGGGAUUCGUGAAUUUCCCAUAACAAUAAUGAUGAAAUAACUAACUUGUUCGUUCUGCACAUUUUAAGUAUGGAGGCCGAUGAAUAUAAUGGAAAGACUGUACUUGUUAUUAACCAUACACACAUGGUUAGCUGUUUCUCUGGAGACGAAUUAAACUUGGAUGCAGGAGUUAAAUUUGUAAACACAAAAAUGACAUUUCAAAAGUCAAUUUGGAGCAACCUUGUUGAGGCCGUCAUACAGUACUGUCGUGUUGUAUUUGAUAUAUUUUCUACCGAAAAACCUAUAUCCAUAGUAACCUUUGAUGAUGAGGAAAAGAUUCACUCUAUAUGGCUAAAUGAAGAUCAAAAUUUGGACACAAUAUGGAACAUAUUUUCACAGGAAGGUCCGCCGAAAAUCUCUUCGCUCAGUUUUCUUGAACGUGGUUCUCUUCCAGGUUUGUCUUCAGCCUGUCAUCUCUUACAAAUGCUAACACCACGUCAGAAGGAGAUUAAUUCUGAUGAGAACAAAGGCAGAGUAGUUGUCUUAAGCAUGUCUAUGGGUAAUAAAGUUUCUUCUUGGAUUCCGGAUAUUUUAUCGUAUUUAGAGAAGCCUAUCGACACACUCGAUCAUAUGGAUGUUACUUCAAGUGAAUGGGUUUUUGUCGAUCUGUUUCCAGCUUCUGAAUUUUCAGCGGAUGUAAAUGAACUAUACCCUGAGCAAUUAGAGCUACCUAAUAAUAUAGACCCGAAUGUCCGACAUCGCUUUUUCUAUCAUAAACUUCCAGCUACCAGCCAAGAGUUGUAUCAGGGUUUAAUGCGUCUUGCAGAAUGUCAUUACAAUCUUUCAAGUACACUUGUUCAAGAUAUUCCCAUGAAGGAGGAAGCCAAUGUUAAUUCUGGUAGUUCAAUGUAUGGUGUCGAAAUUCUACAUCGAGCUGAAGUGCACGACAUGUUAAAAUGUCGGGGUAUUUACGAGAAAUUAUUAGUACGUACAGAUAGUGUAAAUAAUAAGUCCAUAUCACGACCACACUCCGGAUUUUCGAAAACUUUGGGCAUAAAAUGGGUCACGCCGAAGACCUCAGAUGCUAAUUUCCUGCGCUUUGCUGUUGCUACAUACCGAGUAACUUUAGCAGACGUUUGCCACAGAGCAUCUACUUGCCUAGCUCAAUUUGUUUUAGGAGGUCGGUCUGUUGCGUUGGCUCAUCGUCUACAGUUUUCAUUUCCAGCGUUACCUAAUGAUUCUAACUUCUUAACAUCUUGCUCAACAGAUGAAGCUCUUCUCCUCACCUGUCAUGGAUCCGUAAUGUAUAUACAUGUUUUAGCAACAAUUUUCCCAAUGACUCAUCCUCAGAAUAUUCCCUUAGCUUCUAAUCCUAAUAUGGCCUUGGGAGAUUAUCGUAUACAAGCCUUCAUUGACCAAAUCUUACGCCCUUCUCGUCUGGCUCCAGCAUCAGCUAGAUUAAAUUAUUCAGUAUUUCCCAAAGAACGAGCCCAACAACAUAUUGAACGUCAAACACGGUAUUGGCCACUUAUGGAAUCUCAAACCUUACUGGACAAAACUAAGCUAGCUGCUCCAAUAUUCGAAAAUUUACCAAAAGAAUACCUUGAACCUAACGAAAUAUCUGCCUGUGAAGAAUCUAUAGUGAACAUUGUAAACUCUAUUAAACAGCACGUUUGCCUGUCCGAUUCUAGAAAGAACUCUUCCAAACGUGAUAUAUCAACUGAACAUGAACAAAUUCGAAAUUAUUGGAUACAAACUAUAAAUUCAUCAAAAACGAAUGAUACAUUUAAUGGAUUAAAUCGUUUAUCAAAUGAAAAUGAUUUUAAUUCAUUAAAUCUUACAGAAAUGAUUCGUUUAGCUAAAACAAUUGCUUAUGAUCAAACGAAUAAUGUUAAUUCUACAAUUCCUUUAGCACUUAUAAAAAUUAUGAAAAGUUUAACAGUUCUAUGUGAACGUCUUCAUAAACAUACAGAUUUUCAUGAUUCCAAAUGUAUCACUACGCAAAUAAAUCAAAAAUCUACUUGUAAUCCAGUGCAAUCGUCUAAGAUGAUGGUAAUAGUUGAACCUGCUGAUCGAACAAAUUUCAUUGACCGUUUAAAAUCUGCAAAACGUCGACGUGUACAAAUGCAGAAAUUAGAUUUUGUUGGUGUACUUACUGCAGAUUCUAAAGGUUUAUGUCAAUUGUACAGAGGUUUAAAAGAUAAAGAAAAAUCCAAUGCUUAGUUGUUUUCUGUUUGCUUCAUUAAAACAAACAACGUAUUUUCAAAUUAUGCUUUUUGUUUGGAUAGAAAAGCUUUCUCCAAUCUGUCUAACAGCCGGACGUGAGUGACUGAUAAAUCAUGUUGUUAUAUGCUAGGAGCUCAUGAAAUUACU